AUGAGCAGUGCGAAGACCACGAGCGCCGAACUGUACACUUCCACAUCUAUCAAAGGGGUGCGGGAAAUUGCCUGGAGUGAUGCAUCCUCACUCCAGGCAUGUGAAGAUCAUAUCAAAGCGUCACGCCAGAAAUAUCGAGCCGUAGCAGGAGUCAUUCGCUGCAUUUGCCGUGCCCUCAAAGCCAAAAACCUUCAGCCUUGCUGCCAAGUUCAGAGCACCCGCAGAGUCUCGAGUUCGAGAUCUGGCAACCCUGAGCAUGUCAAGACUACUCGUCAGUGCUCGCGGGAAACGUCCACUGUAGGAGGGUCGAAGGGCUGCUGUGACGAGGACAAGAUUGAAAUUGCUCAGGCCUCCUCCUGUUGUGCACAGAAUACCAAGUUAGAGAGACAGUCCUCUUGUUCUCGACCACGCAAGGCAGCUGUCCAAAGUCAAUGCUGUGCAGCUCAAGCUGAUGUCAGCGUCAAGGAAGUGCGAAAUAGAGGUGAUCUGGAGAAAGGUGCGGAGAGCACGGAGAAGGUCGUGCUCAGCAUCAGCGGUAUGACUUGUUCUAGCUGCGAGUUGUCGCUGCACCGGACAUUGGCAUCUUUGUCUGAGGUCGACAACAUUCAAGUCAGCCUCAUACUGGCACGAGCUACUUUCGACCUUGAUGUCAAUCAAAAGUCUGUCGAUCAAGUCAUUACACAUGUUCAGCGAACUACGGACUUUACAUGUGAGCCUGUUGCCACCAAAGCUCGGCAAAUAGAUGUUCUUCACCCAAAUGGCGCAAAAGCACUCCUUCAACAACAGCCUCCGGGUGGAGUUGAAUUGAUGAAGGCAAAGUCAAGAGGCUCUCAGGUCAUUUCCAUACAGUACGACCCUGAAAUAAUUGGCGCCAGAGAUAUAGUCGGAACUGGUUUCGACCAACCACUGCAGCUUGCACCUCAAGAAGGCCCCGAAUCUCUCAGUGCCGGCCUACAUGAAAUUCGAAAAGAUGGCUUGAUGACCAUGAUCUCCUGUCUUCUUACCAUCCCAGUCCUGAUCCUGGCCUGGGCACCAUUACCGAGCCAUCCAAUCACUUACGGAGCAGUGUCGCUCGCACUGGCAACCAUCAUUCAGGUGGCAGUCACCGGGCCCUUGUAUGUGGUUGCGUUCAAGAAACUUUUCUUCUCUCGCCUUCUCGAAGUGGAAUUUUUGAUUGUCCUCAGCACAACCGCGGCUUAUGUGUUCUCCCUAGUUGCGUUUGCCUACGAAGUUGAGGGCCACCCUCUGAGAACAGGCGAAUUCUUCGAGACAAGCACUCUCCUCGUCACCCUGAUUAUGAUCGGCCGACUGAUUAGUUCCUGGUCCCGCCAGCGAGCUGCUGAGUCGAUCUCAUUGCGUAAUUUGCAGACCUCACUGGCGAUUCUUUUGCAACCAGAGUCCAAAACCGAAUACGAAAUCGAUGCCCGCCUCCUCCAAUACGGUGAUGAGUUCAUCUGCAAGCCGGAAACGAGGCUGGUCACGGAUGGCAUCGUGAUAUCUGGCACUUCGGAAGUGGAUGAAAGCAUGAUCACUGGCGAAUCUAAACCUGUUCCCAAGGAGGCUGGCACGCCAGUUGUAGCUGGAUCAAUGAAUGGUAGCGGCUUACUACAUGUUCGUGUCAGUCGCCUGCCGGGUGACAACACUAUAAGCACCAUCGCAGAUAUGGUGGAUGAAGCAAAAAUGACCAAAGCCAAAUCUCAGGACAUGGCAGACCGGAUUGCCGGCUACUUUGUUCCUGUCGUCUUACUGAUUACCGCAGUCACCUUCAUUGGAUGGAUCAGUUUCGAUGUGGCACAGCGGGGUUAUUCAUCUUCUCAGGCGGCCGAAGAUGCAAUUAUCUAUGCUAUGGCGGUUCUGAUCGUCUCUUGUCCCUGUGCCAUUGGGCUCUGUGUGCCAAUGGUCAUCGUCAUUGCAGGUGGAGUGGCUGCGAAACAUGGAGUCGUCUUCAAAACUGGCCAUAGUAUUGAGAUCGCCAGAAAUGUUAAUCAUGUAGUCUUCGACAAGACAGGGACACUCACGACGGGAACUUUAUCAGUGGUAUCCGAAGACCUUCCAUCCGGAAAGGAAGACAUCAAAUCCUUAAUUCUGGGCUUGGUUGCAAAUAGCAAGCAUCCCGUGUCUGCAGCGGUGGCUAAAUAUCUCCAAGAUCAGGGCACGUUGCCGCAGCACCUAGAGGAAGUGACCAGUCUUCCUGGCAAAGGUAUGGAAGGUAUCAUUGGCGCACGCAGGAUCUCCGCUGGCAACUCUCGCUGGCUUCAUCUCGAACAGCAUAGUCAAGUGACGAGUGUCUCCUCCAGGGGCCUCACGACAUUCUGUGUCAUGCUUGACAGCCAACUUGUGGCAGUUUUCGGACUCAAAGAUACCGUCCGUGAGGAUAGUCACGGCAUAAUCUUCGAACUAAAGAAGCGCAGGAUCUCAGUGUCGAUUGUCAGCGGCGACGACAGAGGGGCUGUGGAAGACAUUGCGACUGGUCUCGGGAUACCGCCAUCUCACGUUAGGGCUCGAUGCUCCCCGCAAGACAAGGUAGGCUAUCUUAAGCAAAUCAUGAAGGACAAGCAUGCCAUGGUCAUGUUCUGUGGCGAUGGCACCAACGAUGCACCCGCCCUGGCCCAAGCCGACAUUGGCGUUCACAUCAACGAAGGCAGCGAAGUGGCUCAAAGCGCGGCGGAUGCAGUCCUUAUUCGACCUGCACUCGGGGGAAUCUUGUGCUUCAUGGAUCUCUCUCGAGAGGCUGUCCGGCGUAUCAAGUUCAACUUUUGUUGGUCGUUUAUCUACAACCUCUUUGCGGUCUUGCUUGCGGCAGGAUUGUUUGUGAAGUGGCACCUACCUCCCCAAUAUGCCGCUCUAGGGGAACUUGUCAGCGUUCUUCCAGUCAUUGGUAUUGCCCUCCACUUGAGACUCGUCAAGCUGAGUGGCUACGGGAAUUGAG